UUAAAAAAAUCAUCGCUCCAACUGUCAUACCUUUCUCUUUUUUCUCUCUCUAAAUAAACACACAACCUCUUUUCUUUGACUCUGAACCAAUCUCUCCUUUCACCUUCUUCGAUGAUGGCUUUUCAUCGCCGUAAACUCCUCGAUGAUUCCAUCCCCGACCUCUGCCAAUCCUUCUGCCCCGAGCCACAGACCAACUGUCCACUUACCUGCUACAAAUACUGCCCAGACUCCUGCAAAUCAUCAAUUUCCUUCCAAUUCCCGCCACCGCCGCCUCCGCCUCUUCCUCCUCCCACCUCCUCCGCCAACGAUCCAGGCGGAGCCCCGACCGGCGGCCUCUCCCACGCCCUCACCAUCUCCCUCGCCGUCCUCGCCACUGCCUUCUUCCUCUUCACCUGCUACACCAUCUACAAAUUCUACACCCUCUGGAAAGCCUCCCGCCGCCGCCGGACGUUGCGCCAAUCGCAGCGCCGCGAUUUCGAUGAAGAAGGCGGCGGCGAUGGCGGCGGCGAUUUUAUCGAUGGAGACGUCGUUGACCACCCGAUCUGGUACAUCCGGACGGUCGGGCUGCAGCCGUCGGUGAUCAACGCGAUCACGGUCGUGAAGUACAAGAGCGGCGACGGGAUCGUGGAGGGGACCGACUGCGCCGUGUGCCUAAGCGAAUUCGAGGAGGAGGAGACGGUGAGGUUGCUCCCCAAGUGCAGCCACGCCUUCCACAUCCCCUGCAUCGAUACGUGGCUGGCUUCUCACACCAAUUGCCCCCUGUGUCGGGCUGGGAUUGUUGCUGCUGCGGGCGGCGCGAUUCAGCUGCAGGAGGAGCCGAUUGGUGUCGAAUCGAGGCGGAGUGAUGAAGGAUUGGAGGGGUUAGGGUUAGGGUUAGGUGAAAUUGAGGGGGAUGGGGCGGUUAGGUCUCAAAUUGGGAUCGAAUUUGGGGGAAAUGCUGAAGGGGAUUGCAAAAUUGAUGUGGAAUUGGAUGCGGCGGUGCAGCCGGUUAGGAGAUCGGUGUCGAUGGACGCUUUGUCGGCGUCGGCGAUCAGCGCUGCGGUGGCGAAUGCGUUUCCGCGGCAGUGUGAUAAGAACUCCGGUGAUCAGUUGGGGAAGUUUGAGAGCCCUUCGAUAGAGAGGUGUGCGCAGACCGGGUCGUCUUCGAUCAAGAGGUCGGCUUCGUGCAACGCCAAGGUGUUUCUGUCGAGGCAUAGCAGCCGGAGAUGAGAAAUUUGGACUUGUACGGAUCCAGGAAAUGGAACUCGUGCGGAUGGAAAUCGUCGGCUGAAGAAGGCCGACGUUUUUGCUGAUGAAGCGUAUUUUUCUUCUUUUCGUAGUGAUCUGAAUCGUGCGAUUGCGGUUGAUCAUACCCCGCUGAAUAAGAAGUUCAUCGCCUAGCUAGCGGAUCCAAGAAAUGGAACUCGUGUGAAUAGAACUCGUCGGCUGAAGAAUGCCGUAGUUGAUUAGCUAGCGUUGUCUGUGAUGAAGCGUUUUUUUUUUCCUUUUCGUAGUGGUAGGAAUCAUGAAUUGCAGUUGAUCAUACCCCUACCCCGCUCAAUAAGAAGGUCGUCGACUAGCUAGCGGAUCCAGGAAAUGGAACUCGUUAGCUGAAGAAGGCCGUAGUUUACCAGCUAGCCUUGUGUACGAUGAAGCGUUGUUUCGUUUCGUAGUGAUCUGAAACAUGAAAUUGCAGUUGAUUGUACCCUUCCGAGUCGUCGACUAGCUAGCGUUGUCUGCCGCCCAAACGGCUGAGGAAGUGUUUUUCUUUUCGUAGUUGUCUGAAUCAUGAAAUUACAGUUUAUCUGAAAUAUGUUCUGAUCAUACCCAAUGGCGAGACCCUUGAAAUUACAAGGAGAAUGUUUAGGGGGAAGACCCUUUAAAUCAUACCUGCGGUUGGAUCAUAGGUCCGUACUCUAGGAAAUAAUUAGCUGAAUGUAAAUGCCAAUCAAUUAUACAAAUGUAAUUAACAGUUUUGGAUUUGUUUUGUCAUGAAAAUGGGUGACAUUGUUUGCUUGUUUGUAUCGUGUUAA